CGCUUUAAAAACAAAACCAAAUUUCUGAGCAAACACUACUACUAAACACAGAGAGAGAGAGAGAGAGAGAGGAGAGGGAGAGAGAGAAUCUCGGUUAUAUUUCGUCAGUUGCACGUAUAAUAGAUACAACAGCUUUUGUUGGUAUUCCUUUGUUUUCUUGUGUAGCUCUCCUAUCCUCCCUCCCCCCUUCCUCUGUUCCUCAUCCUUCAAUUGCGUGGUUAAACCGUAUGCUUUCACAGAUCCAGAUUACUGGUAGAGCUUAGUUCGUUUAACUAGUGGCCCGGGGAAAAGGGCUUGAGAUAAAUGGAUGAGGCGUGUGAUUUUCCGAAAUGGGACGAACUGAUACCAGAUGCACUUGGGCUAAUAUUCAAGAAUCUUUCUCUUGUUGAGCUGCUAACUGUAGUACCAAGAGUCUGCAAGUCUUGGGGAAGAGCGGUGUCUGGGCCGUAUUGUUGGCAAGAGAUAGACAUUGUUGAAUGGAGCAGGAAUGGCAAGCCUGACAUUGUUGAACGAAUGCUUCGGUUACUCGUUUCAAGAAGCUGUGGCUCGCUGAGGAAACUAUGUGUCUCUGGUCUUGCCAGUGACCAAAGCAUUUUCUUCAUAGUUAAUCAUGCUCAAUCUCUACAAACUUUGCAACUGCCGGGAAGCCACGUGAAUAAUUCAGUAAUGGAGAGAGCUGCUGCAAUGCUAUCAAGUCUUACUUGUCUUGAUUUGAGUUACUGCAUCAAUAUAGGAGCUCCAGCCCUUGAAGCGGUAGGGAAGCACUGUAAAUCUCUCACUACUUUGCGACGGGUAAUGCAUCCGCUGGAGGUGAUCGACAAGCUUUCCCAAGACGAUGAAGCCCUAGCCAUCGCUGCCACAAUGCCAAGACUCAAGCAUCUCGAGAUUGCCUACUUGCUUGUGGAUACAUCAAGCGUAGUGAAGAUUCUUGAAAACUGCAAGCAGCUGGAGUUACUAGAUGUACGAGGGUGUUGGAAUGUGAAGUUAGACGAGAAGUUGGUGAAGAGACUCCCUAAUUUGAAGGUUGUUGGGCCCCUUGUUGUGGAUUUUUACGAUAUGAAUGGCUGGGAUAAUUGUUCGGAUAACUCGAGUUCCUCUGGUUACCUGCCAUGGGACUUUGCAGACGACGUGGAUGAUGAGUACAAUGAGAUGUUGGAGAAUGAUUUCUGGGAAGAUGAAGUCCCUGUAGAGGAUGUGGGGAUGUGGUUUUACUAUGAUGUUAAUGCCGCGGAUGCUGGUUAUGAUUGGCCUCAGUCUCCCUAAGCUCCUCGAUAUCAUCUGCAUCUUCUGCUUUGUAAGUCUGCGAGCUUCAAUAUGUAACCAACUAUUUGGCCUAUCAUGAAAUAAGAAUUAGCUGUUAAUUCCUA